AUGGCAACAUUCUCACCGAAGGACCUCUUUGGGGGUGCAAUCGUUGUGGAUUUGCCUGUCAGGUUUUUAAAUGUAAGCGACAUGCGUGAAGUUCCCGAUAACCAGGAAGCUUUCGUAUCCGACUCCACACGAACGAGCAUCCUCAUCGAGAUAAACGAGAGGCUGAACCUCUCCCAGCUCCAACAAGGAGAUCCUCAACAAGCUGCCGCGACCAGCAGCACCACCCGCGCCGGCCCCGCAACAACUCCAUUCAGCUUCUCCCUGCCAAACACGACCAAGGACGACGCCGUAGCACAGGAUCUACAUGCUGCAGCUUUCCAUCUCCACGAGAUCUGCGAAAUCAGCGGAGACAGCUAUAAAAUCAUCGACAACCCCCAACUCAUCCAGCUACCAAAGCUACCACAAGUGCCGGCCUAUCUAGCAAAGGCAUUAAUUACGUCGAGUACUAGGGAUGUACAUGCGGCCGUGGCGACGUCCACUUGCCGUUUACUCCUAAUCCGUUUAAUGGAGAAGAGUACGGAUAUCAUAGCGUAUAUCGUAGUGCCACAUUCCGAGUUUGAUGAUGCAGGGGACCCACGCGCGGCGGCGCGCGAGGAGACAUUUGCGGAAGAGGCUUGGGCGGUGUUUGUCAUCCAUCCAGGCGGCAAGAUUCCCUCGAUAAGCCCAACCAAGCUCCUGUCAAGCAACAGCGACACCAAAACAAAGGCAGGGGUCGAAUACACAAUCAGGGACUCGAGAUCAACAGGCACGGGACUUGAUAGGGUUCCUGUUCAGAAGAGGGUCCGGCAGGCCCUCGAGGAUUCGGGUGGCCCGUCUCCUGCCACUCAGCAGAAGGUCGUUGAACUUGCAACGCCAGCUACAACAGCAACGACUGUCAGUAUGGACUCCGAAGAUGACUUCAUAAGUGACGGCUCGAGUCAAGGCGAUAUACUUGAUAUGCAGGGGAGUGAUGACGAGAGCCUUGGGGACGAUUUUGGUGAUGACGAUGGCCUUGGCGGCUCUUUUUACGAUAAGGAAAUUGUCAAACAAACCCGAAAACCCUUUGAGGUUGAGUUUAAGGUCUUGAGUCCAGAUGAUAUCAAACGGGAACAAAACGCUCAAAUAAACGAGGUUUCUUCAAUACUUGGCCUACCUCCAGAAUCAGCAGCUAUCCUGCUGCGAUUUGGCCGUUGGAACAGGGAGAAGUUAAUCGAGUCAUACAUGGAGGAUCACGAUAGAAUACAGGAAGAAGCCGGUAUUGGCUCGGCCUUUUCAGGUACUCCAGAGACAGAGGUCACCCAUGGAUUUAUGUGCGAUAUUUGUUGUGAGGACGGGCCAGACAUGGAGACGUAUUCCAUGCGUUGUGGUCAUCGGUUUUGUGUUGAAUGUUAUCGCCAUUACCUUGGCCAGAAAAUUGGAGAGGAAGGAGAGGCUGCGAGAAUACAGUGCCCCCAGAGCAACUGCCAUCGCAUUGUCGACUCGAAAACGUUAGACUUGCUGGUGACAGACGAUCUACGGGACAGAUAUCAUCUUCUUCUAAUGCGGACCUAUGUGGACGACAAAGAAAACCUGAAAUGGUGUCCUGCCCCAAACUGCGAAUUUGCAAUAGACUGUCCGGUGAAGAGACGCGAGCUUAAUCGCAUCGUCCCAACCGUUCAAUGUAGUUGCAACCAUAGUUUUUGCUUCGGCUGCACCCUUAAUGACCACCAACCUCCACCCUGUUCACUUGUCAAAAAAUGGCUAAAAAAAUGUAAAGAUGACUCUGAGACGGCGAACUGGAUAUCUGCCAACACCAAGGAAUGUCCAAAAUGUGCAUCCACAAUCGAGAAAAAUGGUGGCUGUAAUCAUAUGACCUGUCGAAAAUGCAAGCAUGAGUUCUGCUGGAUGUGUAUGGGACCUUGGUCUGAACAUGGGACUAGUUGGUACAACUGCAACCGCUUCGAGGAAAAGUCAGGAGCGUCAGCUCGCGAUGCACAGGCGCGUUCAAGACAGUCACUUGAACGCUACCUCCACUACUACAACCGAUACGCAAACCACGAGCAAUCUGCGAAACUGGACAAAGACCUUUACCUCAAAACCGAGAAGAAGAUGACUAGCUUGCAGUCACAAUCAGGGAUGUCAUGGAUUGAGGUUCAAUUCCUCGAUACCGCGUCGCAGGCCCUUCAGCAAUGUCGACAAACCUUGAAAUGGACGUAUGCCUUUGCUUUCUACCUUGCACGCAAUAAUCUGACGGAGAUCUUCGAGGAUAAUCAGAAAGAUCUGGAAAUGGCGGUUGAAAGUCUUAGCGAGAUGUUCGAGAGACCCAUCGAUCAGCUGUCCGCGCUGAAAGUCGAUAUCCUGGACAAAACUGCUUAUUGCAACAAGAGGCGCAUGAUUCUGUUGAGUGAUACUGCAGAGAACCUGAAGAACCAGGAAUGGACCUUCACCGUUGAUUUGAACGAUUAA